CUAAUUGAAAAGUGUAGUAGGUUGUCUCUGACAUCAACAUGUUAGAAUUAUCAAAUGUUUGACAUCCACUAGAUGGUGAUUAAUAAAUCAAUGUGCUCUAGUGGUGUUGUUAAACAAAACAAACUUUAAUAUAUUCCAGGAACAUUAGGUUUUUAACUCGGAAAUAAAUAGCACAUACUGUAGCUGAUUUUUUCAGGAUAGAUGCAGAACAACAUUAAUAAUAACAUCAAAAGUCCCCAAGUUUCCAAGGUGUGCUAAUAUCACAACAGAUGUAAAGAUAACAUGUCAGAUGGUGAUUAAUGAAUCAAUGUGCUUUGGUGAUGGUGUUAAACCAAACAAAUUUUUAACUUUAACUCUCUCUCUCUCUGUGUCUCUCUCCAUCCUUUUCUCUCUCUUUUCAUCGACCUUAGUGGUGUUCAGUGUUUCCCCUAGGGGUCGGAAGGACCCCACACCGACCCUGUGAAUUUGUUUACCGGGGCCGUAAAAAUUGUAACCAUUAAAAAAAGGGACGAGUUCACUUCUGUGAUUAAUUCACCGAUAUUAUAAAAAUAAAAAUAAAAUGCAAAUGCCAGUAGUCAUAAAUAUACUAGUAUUCCACAAAUAUGUACAUUGUUAGAGCCCGGUGGCCAGUGAGGAGAAAACAAACCAUCAUGAUGAUGAUCGAAUGAAAAAAAACAACAAAUUAACCAACAUCGAUCAUAUGUAAAAAGGAACACCGUUGACAAACUUUAAGUUUAACUGUAUUUUUCUCUCUGUCCCUUUCCAUCUCUCUCUCUCUCUCUCUCUCUCUAUCUCUCUCUCUCUCUCUCUCUCUCUCUCUCUCUCUCUCUCUCUCUCUCUCUCUCUCUCUCUUUCUCACCCCCUCUCUCCCUCUCUCUCUCCAUCAACCUUAAUGGUGUUAAACAUUUGUGAUUUAACUUUAAGUUUAACUGUAUUUUUUCCCCAGCAUCAUGCCUGCAGCCAGGAAGGGUGGUUUUAACAUGUGUGCGUUGGUGGUGAACUUCAUCCUGGUGGUUAUUCUCGUGUUCGGUGGCGUCGCCGUCUACCUGCACCAGGUGAAAUACAAGGGAGGCACCCACUGGUAUCACCCGACCGACAUGAUCGACAUCAACAGCAUGAGUUCCGACAUGUCUUCGACAUGGUGCAACGGCUACAAGGUCAGCGGAGACAAAGCCACAUCAUUCAGCGUCUACCUGCUGCCGUAUUCCUCCACCAGAUUAGACCCGUACAACCGGACCUUGCAGAGUGUUAAUAUGGAAGAUAUUGAAGCGGGAUCAAAAGACCAGGCGUUGUCACUCUUUCUGUUGGAAGGAACAACGUUGAAGAUCGAUGCGUGUAGAAAGCACAUCGACAGACUGGACAAUGUGUCAUCGCAGGUGCUGCUGUUUCGCGGAGGUGGGUUCAAAACAUGGGAGAGCAACAUGAACUGUAAGACCUGCUACAUAAAGCACUUCCCGAUCACCGCAUGGUGCAACAAGAACCAGACCAACACCAGCAGCUUCACCAUCGCCACGCGGGACACCUACUCCAUUGUCCUUGCCCGCGUCAACUCCAGCCGUGUCGGCAAGAAAGUUUACGUCCUGUCCAGCGUCACGCUGAACAAGACCCGCUACUACACCGACGACGCGAUUCAGUCCUGUCUUGACAAAAAUGAAUGCACUGUCAAUUUAGAUUACGCCACUGAUCGCGAUGUCAUCGUGGAGAUUGGUGCCAACCCGCAGGUUUAUGACGCGUACUUCGACUCACAUUGUCAGGACCGAGUCAUCCUGUGGGUGGGCGUGUUUCUUCUCAUCCCAGGAUUCCUGAUCUUCGCAGUGCUCGCGGCGAUAACACUCGGAGAACUGUACCUGAAGAGGAGGCAGGCGCAGUCGUCCACCAGCGACCCAGAGACACCAUCGCAGGGCUAUGCAAAGAUGAAUGAUGGUGACGAACUUAUAACCAAUUAACAGUUGCCGUUACUCAACAGUGUUUGCUGGGCAUUUUGAACAAGCUGUGAUGAAUUGUACUAAGUCUCGUAAACGGUUGAGUUUAUCAUUCCACAUUCCAGCAACAGACUUGUCAGGGCUUGAAAUAUGAAGUAAAAUAUGAACUUUUGUUUUUAAAAUGGCAGGCUAAAAGAAAUGUGUUCUCGUAGGAAAAAAAUAUGGUCUGCUGGAAAUAGGACAGCAUGGGGUUUGAGGUGUGUUUGAGAGCAGUAUGGAAUUAAAGGCGCACACCCUAGUUUCAGCCCAUGAAAAUGGACACUAAGUUUAGUUAAUAUACAAACCUAUAACACACAUCUGGAUAAGGUUACAACAGUGGUUCUGGAUAUGGGUAGUGUAAUCAUCUUGGCUUGGACCAAACUAUUAAACAUUGAGUAAAAAACAAAAAUGGCAUGCAUACAUUUUGACCACAUAUCAAGAAAAAGAAUGCAAUUUUAUUUAUUAAAAUGUUAUGGCUUUGUACCCACCAAUUAUAUGUACAUGUACAUUGUGUGUCCUCCAACAUCAACUACUUUACAGGUAUAUUUAUUUUAAUAAUAGUACAUGUAUCUGCUUGGUAGAUUAUGGGGCCAUUCAAAUAUUAUGUAAUGCUAUUUUGAUCAAUAUUAGACACCCUCCCUCGCCCCUGUAUCGCUAGACUAUAUACCCACCCCCUAAUAAUUAUUACGUAAAGCUUGGAGACCAUUCACAAACAAGUCAUGCGAUGGGUGUAAUGUAAUUUUAAUGUGCUGUUUUGCAAUUUGGGAAAGCGUAGAUACGCAUUUCAACUCUAUUUAUAAUCAUUAUUGUGUGUUUACAUGUAGCUAUAACUACCUAUGUUAAACAUUGUCACUGUGACUGACUGUUUAUGCAAAACAAGAGUAAUAUAUAUAUAUAUAUAUAUAUAUAUAUAUAUAUAU